UGUGUGUGUGUGGAGGGAAAGUACCACCUAUACCUCCAGUACCCGAGGUACCUGAAGAACCUCGGUGUGAGACACACCACGGCGAUCCACCGUCACCACCACCACCGCCGCCACCAAGCACCGCCAGCACCCUCCGGACUCAUCAAGUCGUAAAAUGUGAUUCUCGUUGUUGUCGAAUCGAAGGCGAUUCCAGUUCACUGUUACCGCCGCCGUUGUUGUUGUUACGUUUGCAGUUUCGCGUUGUUUAUUGUUGACCGUUGAGGCGCGCGCACACACGGCGACUAUCUUCGCCCUCGAUUCUUCGCUAAAAAUACGUGCGUGCGUUUAUCCCGCGCAUUUCCGCUAUUCGGAGCGCGGUGCAGUUCGAUACACGAGGAGCACAUAUAUACGUACACGCGCUCGUGUUUUCUCGUGCUCGCUCGUUGUAUUUUUACAUGCACGCCAUUAGCGGCACUUGCGUAAUCUAGGACAUUAAAUGCGCGCCGCAAUUGUGUGAUAAUUUUAACGGGCGCGAUUCAAUGAGACCAUAACGAGCGCGCCAGUCGAUUGGAAAUUGGGUUAAAUAGACUGACUGAAAUUUCCAAACCAUCGACUCGAACUUCCGACUCGUAAGACUCAGGCUCUUCUCACGCUGGGUGAUAUUUCCCUCUCUCUCGGAAACUUCUUCCCCCUUAUCUCGUUUAAAAUAGACGCUCCCUCUAUCAACUGGACGCGAUAUUGAAGAGCAAUGAAAAUGGGAAACCGCCGAGAGGAAGGGUCGACGAGGAGCGAAUGAUAUACUCGUCCGAGCGAUCGAAGCAAGCAAGAGAGAAAAGGGAGGGAAAAAGAGCAAACGUCGAAGUAGCCGAAGAAGUUGCGUGUAAGAAGUUCGUCUCUAUUCGUGAAGUCGAAGCAGUGAAAGUAGCCGCUCUCGAGAGGAGCGACGUACGUCGCGCGUCCACAGCGCGUGAUUGAAGACACGAAAGGUGAAUUACCUGCGUCAACAAGAACAUCGAAUCGAUCCAUCGAAGCGAGCCGAGUUUUCGUCGUAUAUCGUCGUCGUAAAGUUUCUCUUUUUACACUGAGAAACGGAGAGUUUCGUGUAUCACGUGCGAGAAGGGAGCGAAAACGCGUUGGCGACGGCAAGAGAUCGAAUCAUGAAACGGGACACAUCGACGAGCCAUCAGCGGAUAGACAAGAGGCAUAUAGAGUUCGUCGCUGUUGGGAGAUAAAGCAGCGAAGGCGCGGGAUAAAAAAUAACAGACAGACGAGAGAGAGAGAGAGAGAGAGAGAGAGAGAGAGAGAGAGUGCGUGUGAGUGUGAGUGAGCGAUCGUUUCCCGGCGCGGCUCGAUCUUUUUUACGACGGACGAUCGGGGUUGAUUGAAUUUGCGGAGCGCGUGGCCGCACUCGUUCCCACUCCUUCUCCUCCUGUCUUCUUACUAGCGGAGGUAACGCGAAAAUGGAAAUCGCGGCAUCAGCGAUGCUGGACGGCCUGAAAAACAAUCGUAUCAGCAAGUUGGCGCUGUCACGCUUCUUGUCGCAGAGUCUAGCGCAAUUAGAGACGACCGGCAGUCCGGCCAGCAAGUCCCCGGCAAGUAGCAGCGGCGGUCCUGCGAGCGGCGGAGCAGGUGCGACCGCGGCCCCGGGUGGCGGUGCCAGCAAUGCCGGAAGCGCGGAGCCCCGUACGCCCACCGCCGGACCGCAAAAUAAACAAUUGCAGAACGUCAAAGGUGAACAUCCCUCGAAAGCGUUUCUACAAAGUAGGUCCAUCUCCCUGGUCGACAUGUAUAUCGAUAAUUCGGAGCCGAGCGAGAACGUCGGCCAGAUCCACUUCAGCCUCGAGUACGACUUCCAGAACAGCACGCUCAUUCUGCGCAUCAUACAGGGUAAAGACCUGCCGGCGAAGGACCUGUCGGGCACCUCCGAUCCGUACGUACGCGUCACGCUACUCCCGGACAAGAAGCACCGGCUUGAGACGAAAAUCAAAAGGCGCACGUUGAAUCCGCGAUGGAACGAGACGUUUUACUUCGAAGGUUUCCCCAUACAGAAGCUGCAGAGCAGGGUGUUACAUCUGCAUGUCUUCGACUACGAUCGAUUCUCGCGGGAUGACUCCAUAGGGGAAAUGUUUCUGCCGCUUUGCCAGGUUGAUCUGUCGGAGAAACCGUCGUUUUGGAAAGCCCUGAAGCCGCCAGCUAAAGACAAAUGUGGGGAACUCCUGUGCUCACUGUGCUACCACCCGAGCAACUCUAUACUGACGUUGACUCUGCUAAAGGCGAGGAAUCUCAAGGCUAAGGAUAUCAACGGAAAAUCAGAUCCGUAUGUGAAAGUGUGGCUGCAGUUUGGCGAUAAGAGGAUCGAGAAGCGCAAAACUCCCAUUUUCAAAUGCACUUUGAAUCCGAUAUUCAACGAGGUAUUCUCCUUCAACGUACCCUGGGAGAAAAUCAGAGAAUGCUCCCUGGACGUGAUGGUGAUGGACUUUGACAAUAUCGGACGGAACGAAUUGAUCGGCCGGAUUCAGCUCGCAGGAAAGAAUGGCAGUGGCGCGAGCGAAACGAAGCAUUGGCAGGACAUGAUCACAAAGCCAAGGCAGACCAUUGUGCAGUGGCAUCGCUUGAAGCCCGAGUAAAAAGGACACGCUUUUCUCUUGAUCCAUGAUAAACGAUAUUCUGUGGAGCGAGUUCCCCUGGAGUCCCCGUUACCAUCGUUAUCGUCGUUGUCGUCGUCGUCGUCGU